GUCGCAGCAAUUUUCCAGAGACGCACAGACGACGCCAUCAAAUAAUUCAUCAUCACUGAAGCGACAAAAGUCAAUAUCUUCAUAUCACACUUGCCAGAACCGUGUUAAUCAAGCGGAUGUCAGAGUAAUUCGGCCUAAAUCAGAGGGACGAAAAAUUACAAACGCAUCGCAAUUGAAGGUGACCAAGAUGCUGCUAAUUGUCUCCACCGUUUUUGUUUGCCUCAAUUUGCCCAGCAGUGUGAUGCGCAUCAAAACGUAUUUGGAGACACAGACGUCAACCAAUGAAAAAACCACCGUAAUUUUACAGUACAUUUUUCAGUUGCUUUUCAUCACAAAUUUCGGCAUAAAUUUCGUGCUUUAUUGUGUUAGUGGUCAAAAUUUCCGCAAAGCCGUUCUAAGCAUGUUUAAACACGUAUCGACGACAACACAGAGGGAAGGCACCACACAAGUGACAGUGUCCGAAUAUUGCCGCAACAGCGGUGGAGCUAGCGCGUCAACACGUCGACGCGUCAUGACACAGCAGUACUGGAAUGAGAUACACGAGCUCCACCCAAUCAAAUAAUGCAGCUACGGAGUGAUGUAAAUUCAAAUUGGACAUAAUUCGUUGUCCGUAAAAAUAAAACUAUGUACACAAAGUAUU